AUACUAUAGGCUGAAGCUCGCCCACUGGGUUUUAAAGCAGAAGCCAGGAUAAUUGCAGCACUGAUGACAAGCUUCUUUUUAAAAUAUAUAUUUUACAGAGUAUUCAUGGGUCUAUAUGCAUGAUCGAUUGAUAUGAGUAGAAUGGUCCAGUGUUGGUAAAUUAGCCUCAGGAUGUAAUGUGAGAAGAGCAUGGCAAAGUUUCAAAUAAAGGUGGCAAUGUGAAUUAUUUUAUGUUAUGUAUAUGAAUAUUUCUGAGCACCCCAUGAAAUAUUUGUAGAGAUGCACCAAAUUCAGUAUUCAGAAUCUUAGUGCUUUUUUCAGAAUUUAGCAAAGCCAAAUUCAAAUCCUUAAUGUCAUGAGAAUUACAUGCCCUGUACAACAUGUUCACAGAUGAUGCAAUUUUUUGGGGAUUUUUCAUAAAUCUGAAUAUGCAAGUUAGGUUUUGAUUUCUAACAGCAAUUGUCCAAGAAGGGUGUGUCCCCAAGUUAAAGGUUGCAGCAAGCAAUGUCAGGAACAAAAGGGAGAGCCAAAAAGAAAGCCAGCUUAUAUGAACAAUGUUCUGACAACCAACCUGUUCGAUCAUCGGGCAGACAGGUGAAGAAGAAAGCUAAUGAAAGCUUGGAGGAAGAUGAAGAUUAUUCAGAAAAAAAAUACAGAAAAUGUGAAAAAGCAGGCUGCACUGCAACAUGCCCAGUUUGUUUUGCCAGUGCAGCUGAAAGAUGUGCUAAAAAUGGUUACACAUCAAGAUGGUAUCAUCUUUCUUGUGGUGAGCAUUUUUGCAAUGAAUGCUUUGACCAUUAUUAUAGAAGUCACAAAGAUGGGUAUGAUAUAUACUCAUCAUGGAAGCGAAUUUGGACAAGUAAUGGCAAAAGUGAACCCAGCCCUAAAGCAUACAUGGCAGACCAGCAACUUCCAUAUUGGGUCCAGUGCACCAAACUGGAAUGUGGAAAAUGGCGACAGCUAACAAAGGAAAUUCAGUUAACAACACAAAUGGCAAAAACAUAUAAAUGUGGCAUGAAGAUGAAUAACUCUGUCAAGACUGAGGGGUCAGAUCAGUGCUCCAUGCCAGAAGACUUGAGAGUUUCUGAAGUGUCGACUCACUCAUGGUAUUCCAUGCUCAUUCUACCUCCAUUAUUGAAGGACAGCCCUUCUGCUACUUUGUUGGCUGCCUAUUACCCAGACUGUGUAGGUAUGAGUCCAUCCUGCACCAGCACUAAUCGUUUACAUCGUGAAGGCCACUCAGGGAAACUGGAUCAAUCCAGAGGUGCUUCUGCCAAUGCUGUAGCUUCUGGUAUUAACCCCUACUUCCAGCCUUUUUACCAGCCCAAUGAAUGUGGGAAAGCUCUUUGUGUCAGGCCAGAUGUCAUGGAAUUGGAUGAGCUCUAUGAGUUUCCUGAGUAUUCCAGAGAUCCAACCAUGUAUUUGGCUUUGAGAAACCUAAUACUGGCCCUAUGGCACAUCAAUUGCAAGGAAGUGCUUACCCCACAGAUCUGUUCUCAUCAUAUAAUGGUGCGGGGGCUGGUCCGAAUCAGGUGUGUGCAGGAGAUGGAAAGGAUUCUGUAUUUCAUGAGUAGAAAAGGUUUGGUUAACACUGGAGUUCUGUCUGUCUCACCAGGCCAGUACCUCCUUCCAAAGGAAUACCACAAUAAAUCUGUUAUAGUCAUUGGGGCUGGCCCAGCUGGAUUGGCAGCUGCUCGGCAGCUACAUAAUUUUGGGAUUAAGGUCACUGUUGUUGAAGCCAGAGAUAGGAUUGGAGGGCGUGUUUGGGAUGAAAAGUCAUUCAAAGGAGUCAUUGUUGGAAAAGGAGCCCAAAUUGUUAAUGGCUGCAUCAACAACCCCAUAGCGAUAAUGUGUGAGCAAAUUGGGAUUAAAAUGCGGAAGCUACGAGAAAAAUGUGAUCUGAUUGAGGAAGGGGGGAGGCUAACUGACCCAGCAAUUGACAAACGCAUGGACUUUCAUUUUAAUGCCGUAUUAGAUGUUGUUGCAGAAUGGAGGAAAGAUAAGACUCAGAAUCAGGAUGCACCACUUGGAGACAAAAUACAGGAAAUUUGCAAAGCCUUUACUCAGGAAUCAGGAAUCCAGUUUACAGAUGUGGAGGAAAAGGUCUUACAGUUUCAUCUGGGCAAUCUGGAGUAUGCUUGUGGCAGCAACCUUCAUAAGGUAUCCGCUCGAUCGUGGGACCACAAUGAAUUUUUUGCCCAGUUUGCAGGAGACCACACAAUGUUGGGUGCUGGAUAUUCCAUGGUCAUUGAUAAACUUGCAGAAGGACUUGAUAUCCGUCUGAAUACACCAAUCCGAAAUGUAGAUUAUACUAGCCAAGAAGUUCGUAUUACUGCAGCAGAUGGGCAGACAUUCACUGCACAAAAGGCUUUGGUUACAGUACCCUUGGCUCUGCUACAGAAGGGAGCCAUCCAGUUUAACCCUCUUCUUCCUGAGAAAAAGGUCAAAGCCAUUCACAGCUUAGGUGCGGGAGUCAUUGAAAAAAUUGCUUUGCAGUUUCCUUAUAGGUUCUGGGAUAACAAAAUUCAAGGAGCUGAUUUCUUUGGCCAUAUCCCCCCAAACUGUAAUAAACGUGGACUCUUCGGGGUGUUCUAUGAUAUGGAUCCAGAGGGCAAACAUGCUGUCUUGAUGUCGGUUAUUACUGGUGAUGCUGUGACUUCUAUACAAGAGUUGGAAGAUAAACAAGUAGUGAAACAGUGUAUGGUGAUUCUGAGAGAGGUGUUUAAAGAGCAGGAGGUACCAGCUCCAAUCAAAUACUUUGUCACGCACUGGGCAAAAGACCCAUGGGCACAUAUGGCUUACAGUUUUGUAAAGACUGGUGGAAGUGGGGAAGCUUAUGACAUCCUAGCAGAAGAUAUACAAGGCAAAAUUUUCUUUGCUGGUGAGGCCACAAAUCGGCAUUUCCCACAAACUGUAUCUGGCGCUUACCUAAGUGGCGUUCGUGAAGCGAGCAAAAUAACCACCUCCUGAAAAACAAGGGGUUUUUUUCCCCCUUCUUCUAGUUUAUAUUUUUAUAUAGUUUUGAAAGCAAACAAAAGGGCCACAUUUUUUCUAUUCAGUAAUCUGCAAAAUUUACAAUACAUUUGGCUAAAAACCAGCUGGUGCAUUCUGACUUCUGCAGCUGAGGCCUUGGUGCUUACUUGGGAAUGUUUUAUUAUAAUAUGCAUUUGUUAUUGAGUAUUAGACAGUGUGUUUAUAAUAUUAGCUCAGUGGUGUUAGCCAAUGACUUCUUAUUUGCUUUUCCUACCUAGUAAUCUCACAAAUCUGUUUGUCCUAAAAUGUCAUAUUCUGUCUUCUUUAAUAUUUCUGAAGUAUACACCAGUGUAUAUCAACAGAAUUGUGGGAUCUAAAAGAUGUGGGGUUGCAUCCUUAAUAUAAGGAUUGGUGGUAAAACAAGUCAGUAACUGAAGGUUUAUGCCAAGUGUCACAAUACAGAACAUUAGUUUUGGAAUGAGCUGCUGCCACUCUGGAGGAGGCAAUGAAAGAGUUACUAACAAGUUUUAAGGUCCAUGUCCAGGAAGAUUAAUUCCAACUGGCUGCUUGCACAUUACACACAAGCAUUUAAUCACUUAGAAUGAAGGCAGGGCUUGCAAACCCUUAGGGCUUUAAACCUCAUAGAUGUGUAAGAACAUAUCCUGCCAGCUAUAUUCCUUGUGCAAGUGUCAAGGAAAGUUGGUCAGGGGUUUUAUAUUGGCUUUUUGAUUAUGGCUUUAAAAAUAAAAUUACACAUUAUUUCUGUAUCAGAGGGAAUCACAAUGUGACAUUAUGCUGGGUAAGCUUUCAUCCAAUGGAUAUAAAUGGAUAUAAGGAAUUCUUACCAUUGAUUAAUCUUCUUUGUUACUUAUAUAAUUGUAAGUAUCCUUGUGCAUUUUUGUUAAACUCCCAUGUCCAAUAAUUUAUUAUUGCUGAUUUAAGUUUUAUGGAACUAUGUGAGUAAACUUAUGCAGAUAAAUGUUUAAAUUAAACGGUACAUUUUAUGUUCUUGUAAAUAGAAAUCUGUUUCCUCGCUUUUUGUCAAUCCCAUCCAUCAGGUUUGCUUUCCAACUAAUUUCUUCCUGUUCUCUGUAGGGCAACAGGUUUGUAAAUCUUUUAUUUGAAUAUUAGGCAUGGUUAAUUUAAUAUUGAACUGUUUUUUUUUUAAUAAAAGGUUUAUCACAAGAA